AUGACCGUUACAUACUUAUCAAGUGUAGAUCGUGCCUAUAAACGAUACGCUUGCAACGAUUAUGACAAUAUAGUCUACCUUCAUCAUCCCAGUGGCGUCAGCGUUGUUGUAUUGAAGAAGCAGCCGAAAACCGAAGUUGUAGAGGUCGAUUUUGGAAGUGUAAAGAAAAAUGGUACAUCACGCAUGGACAAUGUCGUCAUUGGGAAAGGAAAAAAGGGAGGCCUUCACUUGCAGAAAGAUACACGACUUUGCACGAUUCGCUGCAAAGACGGUGAGGAAAUUGUAGUGAGAGCAGGCGUUAAAGGAGUUUUGGCUGAGGUGAGCCAUUACGAAGGUUACAUUGCUGUAAUCACGUAUGGUGCAGGCAAAAGGACACCAGACGAAUUCGUCACGGAGUUGUCACCGAAGAAAGUGCUUUUGGAGAACUAUGAGGAGAGCACCCCAGAAACAGAACUGAACUAG